AUGGUUGGAAGUGUUGGGGUGCCUGGAGCUAAAUUUGAAGUAUCUGUACCGUAUGACGAAUUUGAUUGGACAAGUGCAUCUUUACGGGAGGAUUUUGCUGCAGUUGUUUUGGCUGAAAAUGUAACAGGGAAAGAAAUCGUUGAUACAAUCUUUCCCCAUGCCGUUACUGAGCCUGACGAGGAUGGAGAAAACACUUCGGAAAGAGAAGCGUAUAUGGCUAAUGUACUUGCUAUAUACGAAAGCUGUAUGACUGAAAGGACCAAACAUCACUUAGGUUUCCCUUUCAAUCUGGACUUCGAUUAUGGUGUUCUUUCGAGGCUGCAAAAUUUCUACAUCAACAACUGUGGUGAUCCCUUUAUUGAGAGCAGCUAUGCUGUUCAUUCCAGGAAGUUCGAAGUGGGUGUGUUAGAGUGGUUUGCUCGACUCUGGGAAAUAGAAAAUCAUGAAUAUUGGGGAUACAUUACAAACGGUGGUACAGAAGGAAAUUUUCACGGUAUUCUUUUAGGGAGGGAAGCUUUUCCUAAUGGAAUUUUAUAUGCCUCAGAAGAUUCACAUUAUUCUGUUUUUAAAGCGGCGCGAAUGUACAGAAUGAAGUGUGUCAAAGUUAACACUCUGAUCUCUGGGGAAAUAGAUUAUGCAGAUUUCAAAGCCAAACUACUGCAUAACAAGAACAACCCAGCUGUAGUUAACGUCAAUAUAGGAACCACUGUUAAAGGAGGUGUUGACAAUCUCGAUCUUGUAAUAGAAACCCUUAAAACAAUUGGUUUCUCCGAAGACAGGUUCUACAUUCAUUGUGAUGGGGCUCUAUUUGGCUUGAUGAUGCCGUUUGUUAAACAUGCUCCAAAAAUCUCAUUUAAGAAGCCAAUUGGGAGUAUUAGUGUUUCCGGCCACAAGUUCGUUGGAUGUCCAAUGCCUUGUGGUGUUCAGAUAACAAGAUUAGAUCACAUCAAUGCUCUCUCAAGGAAUGUUGAGUACAUAGGUUCCCGAGAUGCCACAAUCACGGGUGGUCGCAGUGGUCAUGCACCAAUUUACCUCUGGUAUGCACUGAACCAUAAAGGCUAUUGUGGGAUUCAAAAAGAAGUCCAACUUUGCCUCACGAAUGCCCAGUAUUUGAAAGACCGUCUACGUGCUGAAGGGAUAGGUGCCAUGCUGAAUGAAUUUAGCAAUAUUGUUGUCUUUGAAAGGCCACAAAAUGAAGAUCUUAUUCACAAGUGGCAACUCGCUUGUCAGGGAAAUAUUGCUCAUAUUGUUGUUAUGCCAAAUGUCACCAUCGAGAAAUUGGAUGAUUUCUUAAACGAUCUGAUUCAGAAACGUUCGACGUGGUCAGGGAAGGGAAAGGUUCAACCUAUUUGUAUUUCCAUCGAUGUUGGGAAGGAAAAUUGUGCUUGUCAGCGACACAGCUGUGAUGGUCUCUAA